AUGUGUCAUACUGAUGUUACCCGAUGCCCGGACAAAGGUGACUUGGGAAAAACCCAGGAACACAUUGUUAUGACUCCAAAAUGUAAGAGUGCAAACUCUACAACUCUUAUAAUAGAAAGGCAAGCUUUAGAACCACCAGCAGAAAAUGGAAAUGAAAAUAACGUUCAUAUUGCUGGAGGAGAUCACAAAGGAAUAGUUAUUAAUAAGCAAGCAGUGGCUGUUACAAAUGGUGAAGUUCAUCCAGCACAUCUUUGCUUACAAUUUAGAGUAUUUUUGGUGAGUGCCCAAACUGGAAAGCACACACAAGAAUCCAGAACUCUUCAAUUUUGGUUUGUAGAAACGCUUUCAGAAGCUGAACAACCAAGUGUAGCACAAGAAUUCUUUAGAGAAUUAGUUAGUCCUCAAGAAUUUCCAAGAGAUUAUGUCGGAUUUAUAAAGAAAAUAAUGAAGUUAAUGUUGCAUAAAUAUUCUACUAUUAAAAAGAUAGAGGUAGAAUUGAAACAACUUGAGGAACCAGUUAAUCUUCCAGCCAGACCAUCUGAUACUGGUCACAUACAGUUUACAGUUCUUCCAUAUAAGAAAAUUAGUUGGAAAUCAGUAUCAACAGAUGAAACAGUUAUUGGUCAGAUGGUUGAAUUGACCUUGGAAAAAGUGUUAGAACUUAUUGAAUCUGCUUAUCCAAAUCCAAUAACAGUAAUUGACAUAGCAAAAGAACAUGGUUGGGACCCUUCUGCUAUUGAAAUAAAAUUAAAAGAAUUGCAAGAAAAGGGUGUUGUUAAAGCAAUAGAACAUGGAGCUUUUACUAGAGUUGUACAGCAAGAUACACAAAUUCAGGUUGUCAAACAAAUGCCAACAAUGGCAAGUGCAAAACAGCCUACUAUAGCAAUUAUUACUGCACGGUAUUGUGAAAAACUGGCAGUUGAUUCAAUGAUUGAAAACAAAGAAACAUUUGUCCGCUAUACUACUGUUGGUACAGCAAGCUCACCUGAUGCGACAGAUGGAGUACCGCGAGUGACAUGUCGUUUUGGUGAGUCAAAUGUCUAUACAUUAGGCAAUAUUGGUGCACAUAGAAUUGUGUGCACAAAACUACCAACUGUGGGUCAUACACGAGAAGCAAUGACCGCAGCAGGAAAUACAACUACCAGAUUAUUAGGUACAUUUCAAAAAGUUGAUUUUGUCUUUUUAAUUGGAAUUGGAGGAGGAGUACCGCAUUAUACAGAUUAUAAUAAACAUGUACGACUUGGUGAUGUGGUUAUUUCUCAUCCUACUACUCUUAGUAAGAAGUACAUCUACGUUUAUUGUGAAAGCGCAAAGUCAAACGAAAGUGGUGAUUAUCAUUUUGAAACCAAAGAAUAUUGUCCACCAAAUUUAUGCCUUCAAGAAAUCGCUGCUAAUCUUAAAGACCAGUCGAAGAGUGAAACAAAUCCUCCAUGGCAAAUGUACCUGAAGGAAGGUUUAGAUAUGUUAAGUAAUCAAACUGAGCAUGAUUUCAAACUACCUCCACCGGAGUCUGAUAAGUUGUACAUGGCUAUUGGUGAAAGGGAUGUUAUUGAAGUUGCACAUCCAACUGCACCUUUAGACGCGACUCUUAAAAGAACGGAUGGUUGUCCACGAAUUCAUCUAGCCCCUAUAGCAUCUGGUAGACACAUUGCGCGCAAUGAUCAACUUAGACAGAAAUUUGCAACCCGUUUUGGAGCCCUGGCGUUUGAUGCAGAAAUGGAUGCUGUGGUUGAAAGUAUUUUGGGUAAUUGUCGUGAAAGUUUCGCCGUUAUACGAGGUAUUUCUGAUUACAAAGAUGGCUCACGUAUAAAAGAAUGGCAACCUUAUGCGUCAUUAGCUGCUGCUACUGUAAUGAAAUCUAUCAUUUGCGCUAUGGACCCACCGACUAAUGUGUAAUACUGUUUCUCAUGAUCUUUUAGUUUAUUCCGCAUAGCAUUUUAUGCAAUAAUUGGUAAAAGUAUCAUUCUUUCGCAUUUUCUAAUAUGUAAGAAGUUUUCUAUGCAAGGUGGACCAACUAUUUUCAUUGAUUGAGAAUAAUCAGUUUAUAUUGGCGCACUUAAAGUAAAUGAAGCGCACAAAUUGCAUAAUAAUUACUUAACGAAUAAAAGUUAAGUUUUUUUUUUCUUGCAUUUCACGUCACAUUUAAUGUGACAAGUCAUUUAUUUUACGAUUAGAAGAAAGUACGACCGUGAUCAAAACAUACAAUAGACAGAAAGUAAGAUGUACCAAGUGCAUUGUAAUUAAUUAACAGAACCAUAGUAGUUAGUAUGGAUGAUUUUCUCAGUGGUAGGAA